CCAUGAAAUAUAUUGAAAGUGCUUUAGGCUUGAAUACCUAAACAGCACAAUAUCACGUUUAUUAUAUAGAGUAAUGUACAGUUUGAAUUCUAUAUAAUCUUUACAAGAGAAUUUGAAUAUGAUACUAGAGUCCUGCUUAGAGUACAAUGUUAUCUCUUAGGAUAUAAGAUAAAUAAAGAGAUAAAUAUAUGAGGAGAUAAUAUAGAAGAAAACAUUAUCUCCUUCUUGAUCUUGAUUCCUCUUGUGGCUUAUCUUUGAAGUGGUCUUCUCUAAUAUCGUCUUUAUCUCUAACAGUAAGAACCUUUCAUCUUCUUUAAAUUUUUUUUCCCCUUUUUACUUAAUUAGCGGAUAAUUCGUUCGACUGUGAAACACGAAAUAUUUUGAAAUGAAGGCAAGAUGAAAAUAUUAUUCACAUGAAAAAGAAAACAAAAUUUGUGAUUAAUUAUACGAGGAUUUAGAAAGGCAGCAGGUUGAGAUGAAAUAAAUAAGAUGCUGACAGUAGGUCAUCUACAUUUUGUUUUCUUAUAAUUUAUUUUGACAAUGUUCUUUCAUAGGACUAUACCUUGCAGCAAGAGUUGUAUUGUUGAUUCCCUGCGUGAUUACGUUUUUGAUAUAUAAAUGGCGUAGAAGGCAUUUAUCGAUGUAUGAUGCUGUUGAAGAAUUCUUGCAAAGUCACAAUAACCUCAUGCCAAUAAGGUACUCUUAUUUUGAAAUUAGGAAGAUGACCAAAAAUUUCAAGGACAAACUAGGCGAAGGAGGUUAUGGCACUGUAUUUAAAGGAACACUUCGAAGUGGCCGACUCGUAGCUAUAAAGAUGUUGGGUAGGUCCAAAACUAAUGGACAAGAUUUUAUCAAUGAAGUUGCAACUAUUGGAAAGAUUCACCAUGUUAAUGUAGUGCAACUCAUUGGUUUUUGUGUUGAAGGAUCAAAGCGUGCUCUAGUAUAUGAGUUCAUGCCUAAUGGCUCCCUGAAUAAAUACGUAUUUCCCUCAGAAGAAAGUACCUUCCUAAGCUAUGACCAAAUGUUUAAUAUAGCUCUAGGAGUGGCUCAUGGAAUUGAAUAUCUACAUCAAGGAUGUGCCAUGCAGAUUUUGCACUUUGAUAUCAAGCCUCACAACAUUCUUCUUGAUGAGAAUUUUGCUCCCAAGGUUUCUGACUUUGGCUUGGCAAAGCUAUAUCAAGUAGAUGAUAGCAUUGUCUCUUUGACUGCUGCAAGAGGGACGUUAGGAUACAUGGCUCCUGAGUUAUUCUACAAAAACAUUGGAGGCAUUUCAUACAAAGCUGAUGUUUAUAGUUUUGGAAUGUUAUUGAUGGAAAUGGCGGGUAGAAGAAGGAAUGUGAAUGCAUUUGCAGACCAUUCAAGCCAAAUUUAUUUUCCUACUUGGGUGUAUGACCAAUUGCACGACAGAAAGGACAUAGAAAUGGAAGAUGUUACCAAAGAGGAAAAGAAAAUAGUUAAGAAGAUGACCAUGGUUGCCUUAUGGUGUAUACAGAUGAAGCCUAGUAAUCGCCCUUCAAUGAAUAGGGUCAUAGAAAUGCUUGAAGAAGAAGUUGAAAGCUUACAAAUGCCUUCCAAGCCUUUCUUAUCAUCAAUAGAGAGCCCCAUGAGGGAUGCUGGAGAGGAUUCAAAUCAAACUUACUCAUCAAUUCAAUCAGAAGAAUCAAGUCAAACAACUCAGUUUUAAAUGCAAAUUAAGUGAUAUGAAUCUCCUCAAUUACAUUCCCAUUAAAUAGGGGCAAUCAGUGUUCUCAUCUAUAUUUGAUAGCACAAAGAUGCUUGAUGUUUAUGUGUAGUAAAUAAGAUCAGUUCCUUUUAUUUAUGAUAAAUUGCCUUAUUACA